CACUAUUGUGUAUUCAUCGCCCUCUCAUCCCUUCUAUCUCUAUGUCAAACAGCUUUGUGAGCAAAGCUAAGUAUGAAGUAGCAGGGAAAUGACACAGCGAAUUUAUGGUUUCUGAAGCACUGCAACAGUCUUUCAUGGCUACCAAGCUUUCAUGUACAUCAUCUCUGCCCUGGAUUUGGGUGAUUGAAGCACUGGCAAGUUUCAAUGAAAUAGACCCAUCUUUACUCAUCAAUUUGGUUAAGAGGACUCCUGAACUUUCUGAUGAUCUGGGUAGAAAUGCAAGGGAAAUGGUUUCCUUGAGAGUUUUAGAGGGCUUGUUUGCCCGGAAAAGUUCAGAUGCAAAUAAUGUCGCUUCAGUUCCAGGUGACAAAAUUGAACUUGAUCCGUCAAGGAGCUGCGAAGAUGUCCUUCGUCGCAUAUUGUUAGAGGUGUCUGCAUCAGAUCUAAAAGCAGCUACGCCAGAGAUGUUUAAUUGGGAUUUACGGUCAUUCAUAAUGAAAAAAAGAUCUGGCCAGCCAAAGUCUCUUUUGCAACAACUUAAAGAUGCCAUUGUAAAACCUACAAGUCCUCUUUGUGUGUCCUUGAAAGAAAGAAGUGGAUUGGAGUUGGGGAAUCACUCCAGAGACAGUGUUCCAAUUGAUUCUGAUGACCUUAAGCAGGGGCAUGAAGUAGUAGGUGUGAAUACCCGAUGUGUUGCACCAAGUGGGAACUUGGAUACUUUUACCCAGGGAAACACAAGUGACCUGCAAGAAAAACAGCCUGGAAGCACUUUGGUGCCUGCUAAGAGGAGUAUUAAUGCUUCUACUGCUUAUGACAUAGAAGUCAAUGAAACUGAAACCAUAUCAGAUAACAGUUCUGAUCCUUGUGCAAAGGCUGCCAAGAAGUUUAAGCAGGAUGUUAUUAGUCCCAUUCAGAACACAGUUCCUGAUUUGAUAUCGUCUCAAAGGGAUGUAGUCCCAGCAGAAUCACGUGGAGGAAGUCAAUCUAUUGUUCAAAAAAGGAACUCGGAAGAUGAAGCUGAAGUUGGUACCCUCGAAGCAAAUGGAUUGCUGAAGGAUGGUAGCGCUGAGCAUGCUGCAUCAAGAAGUGUUUUAUGUGGCAUUGACUCUAAUAUCAAUAAUCUCUUGCCUCAAAGAGCGAGUACAGACAAAAAGUUCCAAAAUAUUGGAAGUAGCAGCAAUGGUUGUGCUGAACUGGGAUCAUCAAGUGGCUCCAAAGGUGACCUGGGGUGUAAUCUUCCACAACAUGUGCGAAAUGGUGAACCUUCUAAAGGAGAUAAAGAAAAUAUAGAGCAAAGUCAUGAAUCUGAAUUCUAUAGUGAUACUGAUGAGUAUCACAAUGAAAGUACUGAUCUUGCUUCACAGAAAAAUGAUUUCUUGAACUCGCAAUAUGCUCAGGGUGAAGAUUCUUUGGCAACUGUUGAUUGUACAGAGCUUAAUCUUUGUGUGAAGUGUAAUAAGGGGGGAAACUUAUUUGUUUGUAGUUCUGAUACCUGCCCUUUAGUUGUUCAUGAAAGUUGCUUGGCUUCUGUACCCAACUUUGAUUACAAGGGAAACUUCUAUUGCCCCUUUUGUUCAUAUUCUCGAGCAAUUUCUGAGUACCUGGAAGGUAAGAAGAAGGUCUCACUUGCUAGGAAAGACUUGAAUGCAUUUAUUGGCUUGGGAGCUGGGCAACGAUCAAAGAAGUCACUACCUAAGUCACAAGGAAUGAAGCAGCAUCAAUCUCGAGGGAAUAAGAAUGAACAACUGUGCUGCAAUGAGAGUGGGAGGAAUUCAUUAAAUGAGCUCACGGAAGCAGGAAAUGCUGUAGCCAACAGGAGUUCUAUUGGAGCUCAAGUCAUGCAAACUGGCUCACCUCAACCAGAGGCUUCUCUAAACCACAAUGAGAAUGGGAGGAAUUCAUUGAAUGACGUCACAGAAGCAGGAAAUGCUCCAGCCAACAGGAGUUCUGUUGGAGCUCAAGUCAUGCAAACCGGUUCACCUCAACCAAAGGCUUGUCUACCCCGCAAUGAGAAUGGGAGGAAUUCAUUGAAUGAGGUAACAGAAGCAGGGAGUGCUCCAGCCGACAGGAGUUCUGUCCGAGCUCAAGUCAUGGAAACCGCUUCACCUCAACCAGAGGCUUCUCUACCUGAACUAUUCUUAGUAGCUGGUAAACAACCUAACAAAUCACCUCUUAGAUGUCUUAGAUCAAGACAGUCUCAGUCCAGACAGGAAGAAGAAUUAUGUCAUGAUGAGAAUAGAAACACGAAUUCCUUGGAGAAGGCUGAAGAAGCAGGAAGUUGUCCAGUCAUUAGAAAUUCUAUGAAUGCCGAAGUCAGGCAGAUCCGUCCACCUCAAGCACGAGAAAGUUCUUCUAUAGAAGAAAGUUCUGAAGAAGAAGAUGAUGAUGAGAUAGGUUCCAAAUACCGUGUACAAUUUAGGAAGCCAGAAAAGAAUACCUUUCCCUUAAAUCCUCGACAGAGGAGGAAGAAGCUUCCAUGGACCAAAAUAGAGGAGGAAACAUUAAAGGAGGGAUUACUACAAUUCUCACAUUUUCGUGAUAGAUGGAAGAGAAUUUUGGAAUUUGGAUGUGAUGUUUUCCUGGAAGGUCGGACAGCAGGGGACCUCAAAGAUAAGUGGAGAAACAUUAGCAAAGCAAGUGAGAAGGCAACGUAAAGGUUUCUUUUUGAAAUGGACUCUGUAUAUGUGUAUAACUGUCUGAUAUUGUUGGCCGGUUUUUUUUUUUUUUUUUGGAACAACAUAGUAUUGUGCAUAACGCAGUUAUUGUUGAGAUGCGGCUAAAGUCACUUCGAUGGUAGUUUUUGUUAGGCUCGACCUCGAGGCUGUGUUGUUGUACCUUGAUGUCCCUGUUAUAGAAGUUUUAAGGAAUGAAGUAAGGUGAAGAAGCAUGUAGCUUGCAGAAAAUAGCACUUUUUUGUAAUCCUUUCUCUAGGCCAAUUAUAGAAAGGCUUGAUGGUUCUGCUUGUAAAUCCCUGAAGAUGUAAUUACAACCUUGUUUAGCAAGUCUAACAGUUCGUUUAAUCCGAGGCGGAGCCAGCAUUUUACUUUA